GUCCCAUGUUCAACCAGCUGUUAUGUAUUUUCUUUUUGUUAACCAAUAAACCAAUUCAUUUUGACAGUUCGAAAAGACUGAGUCAAAUACACAAAUUACAGAAUUUUUAGUAUUUUUCCGUGUUGAAUAUAAAAUGGGAAGUAACGCAAAGGCCGUCAUGACUGGUUUUAUCUGUAAAUUAUGUUCUGAGCAAAAAAAGAUAGUAAUUCAUCUCUACUCCCAAAGAGCUAAAAAACUAGACUUAAUUGAAAAAAUCAAGUUACUACCAAUUGAAUUAAAUAAGUAUGAUAAUCUGCCAAAAACUAUUUGCGAACAAUGUAUCCAGAGGCUUGAAGCACAGUAUAAUCUAAUUCAGAAGAUUAGGAAAAGCCAAGCAAUUCACACAAGUCAUAGAAUGUAUCAUAGUAACGGGAGGUGUCCAGUGGAAUGCCCCCUUCAUGGAUUUGAUGAUCCCGCAUGGGCAGAGCCUACUUUAAACGACGAAACAGAUACUUAAAUUCCAGCACUGUUUAUUGUAAUGUAUAUAUUUUUUGUCGGUCAUGGUUAUGUUUAUUGAUAGUAUUGAUUUAUGAAUUGGAACAGACAACUAGAAACAAGUUGAUUGUACAGAACUUGCUUUUUUCAAGAGGAUUCUACCAUCAUUAAAACCAAUGUAAAUAGUUGAAUAAAUUCAACCCAAAAAACAUCUCUUCAUUUGAAAAAAGAA